GAGGAGGAGGAGGGGGUUGCCUCUGUUCAAAUGCUCCGGAGAUCCUGUAGGGAGGCGGCUGCAGCUGGUGUACAUCCUGUUGGUGUGUUGGAUGAGGGGUGGGGGGCGGGGGUCUUAAUCCUGUAGAACUAUAGAUCCUCGAGACAACACUUAAGACAAAAAUCUAUCCAGUGCUUUACUCGACCUUUCUUGAGUGUUGGCCAACCCUGCUUGUUCAAAUCGUCACUAGAGGGAGUGCUCAGAAGCACCAGCAGCAGAUCUAGUAAUUGUGGCUCUAUGCCCACCCACCUCCCUACCACCACACUUCAAAGUCCCCUGCCCAAAAUCCCUCCAGCUCAUCUUCAGACACUUGCUCUCACACAUUUGCUCAGCACUGAGAAGACAUCCUAGCAAGAUGCAGUCCUCCCUGCUUCAUUUGGGGACAACCGUGAUCUUGUCAUGCUUUGUCCUGCCUGCUGCUGCGUUCUCUCGCGGCGCGGGUCCCGCUUCCUGCCAGGCGAUGAGCCCGGGUCACAUUCGGGUCCAACCUCAGGACCCGCAGCAGAGCUAUGUCACAAUUCGUACGUCGGUGGACUCGUAUCUGCCUGGACAGUUGGUAACAGUGACAGUCCGAAGCUCUCGGGACUUCAUGGGUUUCCUGCUGCAGGCCCGCCGUGUUGAAGAUUCAGAAGCCACCGCUAGAGUCGCAGGUGGGGCAGAACCGGACCUUCUGGUGGGCGGAUCCUGGACCCUGGCCCCGCCCGGGACCCACACGUUGCGCUGCCUGUCGGAGGGCGAUACGCUCACCCACUCGGACAAACAGCUGAAACGAAACCUGUCGUUCGUGUGGAGGGCUCCUGAUGCACCCGUCGGAGACAUUCGCUUCUAUAUCACAGUGGUUCAGUCCUACUUUGUUUACUGGGCCGGGAUUAAGUCUGCAGUGGUGCGUGAUGGGACUCGGAGUCUUUGGACUACAAGAAACACAACAGGAGCCGAGACAGGGCGAGCAGUUUUUGGUCUUCAUGAUGAGACUUUUACUCAGAUACCAGCUCCACUGAACCAACCCAGUCAAUCCAUCGGUUCUGCUUCGUUAGGAAAGCAAAGCUUUACCCCAAAAAAGGUCUGGAAGAACACUUCAAGUCCAGUGACGCUCGCAAGGUACCAAAAGGGCCGAAGAACUAAGAACUACUCAGUCCUUCAAACGUCAAGAGAUCAUUCAAGCAGCAACUACCUGGACUCAGGAUCUCUGGCUGAAGAGUCAGGCGGAGAUCCUUAUCCUUUCAUCACCCCUUUCCCACCAGAUGAAGGUCUCUCUCGUCGAUAUUGGGAGGGCACAGAAACAAGGGCGUCAACACCAAGUCCACUAACGUCUCCAGAAAAUAAGCGUCUCCUUAACACGAACCCCUCAGAGCCAACCUCGUAUAAACCGACAAGACCGCUCAAUGUCCCAACGACUUUGUUUGGCUACAAGAUCCAAAGUCGCUUACAAACAUCUCAGAAGAGCCUCACGACACAUAACGUAAGAAGCCAGUCUAAGUCUUCACUUCAAUCACAGUCCAACACCGACAUGGAGAGUCCUUCCAGCCAGACAGUUUCCAACUCCACAACCUUUUUACCGACUUCUCUGAAGUCUACAACUCAAAGUUUUCUUCUGCAGCCCGAAGACUCCAGAGAUGGACCAUCGCAUCCUCCCAAUAGCUCUCGUCAAACUCUGUUCCAGACAUCCAUGUCUCAAUCUCCGCAGGACGUUAGCAACACCUUAAAAAAUCUUCUCCUGUCUGACAAAGCAGUUGAGGGAGCAAGAACUAGACCACAACCAUGGUCCAAAGAACAUCCUCAAACUGUGACUCACAACAGUCAACCGUCAGUUUCCACUAGAAGAUUGAAAACUUUGGUUUUCACAACAAAGUCUGAACAUACUUCAACCACAACAGGAAAAAACAUGAGCUCAUUUGAUUCUUCUGGUUCUCCUCAAGGUGUUAUCAGCCAAUCUUCACCAAGCUACAUCGUCGCUAAACACCCAACCAAGAAUCCUUUCACACUUUCUUCCAGCCAAGAACAAACCAUUCCUGUUUAUUCCCAUCUUCCAAAACCUUCUCCUAUGUCUACACCUCCUAAAUGGAUCUCAGGCAUUCUGUCCUCCACUUACCAAACCAUGACCCCCACAACAUCAACAUUUCCCUCGAGCAGCUCCAUCAACUCUCCAUCAUCAGCCACAUUCAAUCUUCAUGGUCCAUUCAGGUCUUCCAUCCCGGGAAGCACAAAUUCCCCAUCCUCUCCUACCACCACCAGGUCUACAAGCAUGCCCUCCUCCUCCUUGAUCCCUUCAAGUUCUCACCUUCCUCUCACCUCAGUGGGAUCCUUGUCUUUUAUUUUGGCUGCCUCACCUUCCUCCCAAGUAACUUCCCCACAUCCAGGACCUUCUCCAGCUCCACGUCGCUCCCUCAACAACCGCCCCUCAAUAUCUCCCGUACCUUUCCCAUCCCAAAGACAGACCCACAUUGCAUCAUCUAACCCCAAAGAAAAAUAUCAUCCAUCAACCUCUAGCCACACACUCCAUUCCAACAUCAGGGAGGAACUAAAACCCAAACCUCCAAAACUGGACACCAAGCGUCCCUUGAAUCCCUUGAAAACUCCAGGAAUGGAGGGCAAGUAUCCGGAAAUUGUCACCAGGCAUAGCUCUUGGGAGCUGGGAAUGCUGCUGGGCUGCUCGGCCGGUCUGGGAAUGGCGCUGGUGGUCGGCGUGCGCUACGUCUACAGACAGGCCUGCGGAAAACACACCGAGGUGACGCUACACGACCGGGAGAGAGAUUACGGGAGGGGCGAGCGAGGGAUGAUCCACGUUCAGGAGUGCGGCGAUUUGGUGCGAGUCCGCCGAAUCCGAGAGAACAGCCUGGUGCUCCUUGCCGAGUACGACAUACUAGCCUCGCCUGGAGACUGAGACGGAAUCCAGUGUGAAAAUGAUUUGGAUUUAUUUCCUUUUCUGAAAAUAGAGGAACAUUUCAGAUUCUUUCUGUAGACUCAAAAGCAGUAAAUGUGCCGUGACACUCAAAGUAGAAACUCUUUGGUAUUAGGUGGUGGGAAAAUGCUUUGUAAACGUUUGUAGCAUCAAACACAUGAAAACACGAUGUUCAUGUCGGGUCACCAUCACUAUUAAACAUUCAAGGCUUUAAGUUAAAUUAAAUACAUAAUCUAGCCUCAAGACUCUUGUAACAAUAUCAAAACCAUUGUAACAAAAGUUCACAUUCCCUGUUACUGGAAGCUGGAAUGCUGAGUAGAAAAUGUAGAAAAGACAAUUAAAAAAAAAAAAAAA